CUUUUCAAUCUUACCCCUUUUGUUACUCUUUCUUUCUCUUCCAUCCAAAGCCAAGAAUUUCCCACUACAGUAAUCAGCAAAUUUUCCAUUGCUUUACCUUCUAAAUUCUCCUUCUUUCUUAAUAAAAAAAACUUCUAUUUACCCAAUAUUUGUAAAAGGACUUUUAUUCUAUUUCUUUUAAGCUUAAAAAAAUCAUGAAGGUUCAUCCAGUACCAAGAAAACGCAACAUCACGUUGCGAUACGACAUCGUUUCGGCUCUUUCUCAGGCUAACGCCUUAGCCGGACGGCAGAAGAAACUCCGGCGACUCCCUCAUAUAUUCGCGAAAGUUCUAGAACUUCCAUUUAAUUCCGAUGCCGAUGUUUCUAUCGAAGAGACUUCCGAUUCGUUGCGUUUUGUUAUCCCGACGAAUGACGUUGGGAAUAAUAUAAGGGCUGAUACAGUUGAGAUCUAUCCGGGUGUUACUAAGAUUGUAAUUCGAGGGGAUAACGUUUUGGAUUCGUCUUUGGGUGAAUUUGAACUUGAUUUGUGGCGAUUCCGGCUUCCGCCGUCAACUCUGCCGGAGUUGGCUACCGCUGAUUUUGCUGACGGCGAACUGGUGGUUACGGUUCCCAAAGACCCAGAUGAGGAUGAGGACGAUGAUGGUGGUGAUAUUGGUGAGGCUGGACGCCUUAUUCUUGUACAAUAAACUCUCCUCCACCCCCUUUAGUUCGUUUUUUUUUUACCUUUUUCAGUUUAUGUCCCAAUUGUGGCUCGUCUUGCUAAAGGGAUAUAUCUUAACUAUCUAUGUUUAAAUAAAAUAGUACCCUUUGGAUUUGAA